AUGGGGACAAAAGGAGCAGAUUGGGCAUGGCUUCCAGAGCUUCUCCUGGAUUCAAUUAUCAACAAGUUGAUUUAUCCUGUCGACUAUGUACGCUUUGGCUCUGUGUGCAAGCAUUGGCUUUGGGUAGCCAUGGCGCAAAACACCUACAAGGCGUGUUGUAGCAAAGUCCCAAUGUUGAUGAUUCCGGCAAGAGAUGGCAGCACCAAAAGUCGUAGCCUUUACAGCGUUACUCAAGGCAAAAAUACUGGCGUGGAAUUGCCAGUACCAUACAACAGAAGAUGUUGCGGUUCAUCCCACGGGUGGUUGGCUUUUGCCAUGGAUGAUUUGGCCAUCAUUCUCUACCAUCCUUUCUCUGGUAAGCAAAUUAAUCUCCCUCCCCUUGUCAAAAAUUUUAAGCCCGAGGACGAGUACGAGCCUGAGUAUUAUGUUAGGAAGGUUGCUUUGUCGGCGGACCCUCUAAGAAAUCCUGAUGGUUAUGAGGCUGUGGCAAUAUAUGGUGGCAUGAAUGACUUAGCAUUCCUGAAAGCUGGUCACAAAGCUUGGACCCCUGUGCCAGUUGGCAAAGUUGUAAAAUCCCACUUUCGUGCAAGCGACGUAAUUUAUUUCGAAGGAAGAAUGUGCGUUGUGAACCGCUACAACUGGGUGAUGCCUGGUCGAAUCGUUUCUGUAGACACUACCUCUAGAAGAAUAGGGACGGUUGCACGAUGGAGAGUAAAGAGCCAGCAGGAAGAGGAGGCAACUAUGGCUCAAGCCGGAGCCUAUUUGGUCGAAUCUUCCUGCGGAGAAUUGUUGAUGGUUAAUAGACUUCUAUCAACUGAGGCGCCUUCAACUUCAAAUGAGGCACCUUCAACUGGAAAGCUUAAAGUUUACAAGAUACAAAUGAGGGAUGGACGAAGGGAGGAGGUGAAGAACUUAGGAGAUGAUUCCAUAUUCUUAGGCGACAAUCAAUCCGCGUCAGUUUUGGCAUCUGAGGUGGUGGGAUGUCAACCAAACUCCAUAUAUUACAGCGAUGACUAUUGCGAAUUUGCUUACCCGGAUGGGCCUCAUGACAUGGCCAUAUUUGACUUGCGAGAUGGAAGUUUUAGAAGCCAUUAUGUUCCAAAUCCGUUGCACAAAAAGAUGCCCCCACCGCUGUGGAUUCUCUCUCGCUGA